CGCUGGCAGGCAGGCUGCAGGAGCAGAGCGGAGAGGAGGAGAACCUGCCUACUAACUUCACACAAGUUUCACCCCGCUUCACUCCUCUGCGAGCUGUGAGCAGCACGAGACACAGGCUCGGACACACACUCUCACCAGACUCACAAAGUUAGAUUUUUCUUCCAAAGAGCUCAUCAUCAUCACCAUCACUGCGUGUGUGAGAAGUCACGCUGGCGAUGUCUGGAUCGUACUGCAAAAGUUUGUACCCGUUCAGCGGGGAGCAGCACCAGCAGGGACUGAGCUUCGAGGCCGGGGACAUUAUUAAGGUGGUCCAGGCUCUGCCCGGAGGCUGGUGGGAGGGAGAGAGGGAUGGAGCCAGAGGCUGGUUCCCCUCCAGUUAUGUCCAGGUCCUGGAGAGGACAGCAUCUCUGAGUCAGCUCCCUGUUGAAGACCUCAGAGACCCCCUGCCUCCUCAUUGGAGAUGCUACAUGUCUCCACAAGGGCGGCGAUACUAUGUCAACACCACAAACAAUGAGACGACAUGGGAGAGACCGUCCAGUGCACCUGGGACCCCCAAGACCGCCCUCCGUCACAAGAACUCUCUGCCGACAGUGAAUGGAUUUCACUCAGGUGGGAGUCCCUUGCAUCAUGUGGAGCAUUCACACAACAGUCUGGUGCGGAAGAGCAGUACAGAGCAACAGAGUCCGGGAUCAACGUCACCCACCAGGAAACAGAACAAGGAGACCACGGUCACGAUUAACUGCGUGACGUUCCCGUCGCCUGCAUGCAUGCCAGAGCAACAGCUGCUGAAACCAACCGAAUGGAGCUACUGCGACUACUUCUGGUCUGAUAAGAAGGAUCCCCAGGGCAACGGCUGCAUCACAGGAUUCGAGGUUUUACUGCAGAAACAGCUGAAGGGGAAACAAAUGCAGAAAGAGAUGGCAGAGUUCAUACGAGAAAGGAUAAAGAUAGAAGAGGAGUACGCCAAGAAUCUCUCCAAGCUCUCCCAGAUCCCUCUAGCGAGCCAGGAAGAAGGGACUCUGGGGGAGGCUUGGGCCCAGUUGAAGAGGAGCCUGGCAGACGAAGCAGAGGUUCACCUAAAGUUCUCCUCAAAGCUUCAGAGUGAGGUGGAGAAGCCUUUCCUGACCUUCAGGGAGAACUUUAAGAAAGACAUGAAGAGGUUCGACCAUCACAUCGCUGACCUGCGGAAGCAGCUGGUUGGUCGCUAUGCAGCGGUGGAGAAGGCCCGUAAAGCUCUGGCUGACAGACAGAAAGAGCUGGAGUUGAAGACUCAGCAGCUGGAGAUCAAACUCAGCAACAAGAUUGAAGAAGACAUCAAGAAGGCACGCAGGAAAUCCACACAAGCAGGAGACGAUCUGAUGCGCUGUGUCGACCUUUAUAACCAGUCUCAGUCCAAAUGGUUUGAAGAGAUGGUCACCACAAGUCUGGAGCUGGAGCGACUGGAGGUGGAGCGGGUGGAAAUGAUCAGGCAGCAUCUGUGUCAGUACACCACCCUUCGGCAUGAGACAGACAUGUUCAACCAAAGUACGAUGGAGCCGGUGGACCAGCUGCUGCAGUGUGUGGACCCGGCCAGAGACAGAGAGCUGUGGGUGCAGGAGAAUAAGACUGGAGACAUCAGGCCAGUUGACAUAGAGAUCUGACCUCAGUGCUGUUUGAUGGCUUUGCACGUGCACACUUUUACCCUCUGGCUCAGAGGCUGCAUGCCUGAGGACUGACUGGGAGAUGAAAUCUGUGCUGGGAUCUUCACUCCCUCCCCCCACUGAUCCACUUGUGACUCCUAACAGACUGAGGGAUGAUCAGUCAGCACUCACUGGCUCUUCACAUCCCGCCAGCAACCUGCUGAGGAUGAUGUCAGUAUCUGGGGAGUAUUGUGAGAACCCUCAGUGAUGAACAAAGAUGUCAGAUAGUGACAGGUCAUGGUUUUCUGUUAUGCAAGCUGAUGCUCAGCUGAAAUGGCACAGGGAAAUGGAACUGUGAGUGUGAACUGUGAGGUAAAAGGUGAGGGGGAUGAUCAAGAUGCACCAACAGUGAACAUUUAGCACCUGUAAAUGUCAAAUAGCUUUAUGUCAUGCAGCAGUGUAAUGCUGCAGUUUGUAUGUGCUUUUGCUCUGUGAGGUAAUUCACUGAAGUCACUCGAGUGUUGACACAAGUGUGACUUCAGACCUGCAAGUUGUUGGCAAAAUUGAUUUAACAGAUGCUGCUAAGCAAAAUGCAUUCUGACCUUAGAGUGAUGUUACUGUGUACCACAAUAAGACUAAAGUAUUUUAAUACUAACAUCCACCGUGUGCAGGUAUUGACUGUUUGCUAAGCCCCAUCCCCCUUUGUUACUACUGCUGUGCCUGUCAAGCACAGCAUUCUCACAUGGCACAUACUAGCUGCGUCUCAAUUCAGAGGCUGCAGCCUUUGAAGCAUUUAAAGACCAGUUGCAUCACAGAGACACAACCAAGGCUGUCGAAGGCUCCUUCAAAUGCGGCCAAGAAAUCAGGCCUUUUUUCUCUGAAUUUGGAGGAUGCAACAGGUGAAUCCUUCUUGGCCGAACCUUUCCCAUUAUUCACUGCACCCCGAUGAUCAUUGGGUCAUUUUCAAAGAAUAUGGCAUUCCUAAACACAACACCGUUUUCCUUUUAGCUAUAAGUGCACAGCUUAAACAAUCUUAAUUUAAAAAGUUUACAUAGUUUAUAUACCUGAAAAAUGGUCCUCGCUCAGCUUGAACCAUGUACAUCUCCACAACCAUGUAAUAAAAUUGUAAAAAAAAAAAAAAAAUAACAAUUUCUGUCUCCAUUAUUCAACCAUCUUGUAACCAUCUUAUUAACUUCUCUAGUGAAGUGCAGUUGGUUGCUGGGUGACAGGAGCGUCAACGGGUAGGGGCGGGAACAGCUGGUGACACAAACAGGAAAUCCUCUGUAGACCAGUGCAUCCCAUUUCGGAGGCAGCUCUGUUCGGGCAUUGUGGUCUUUAAGGGACACGGCCAACAUAGACCACCAGGGCUGCGUCCCUCGAGGGCUGCAGCCCCUGAAUUGAGACACAGCUACUUUGUUUACAAGAGGAAACCAAUUAUAUCUUUUUGAAACAUAUAGGUCUUUGGUUUCACACAGCAGUAAUCAAACAAACCAUUCAUUUCUGGAUUUUGUUGGCUGAAAUGACAACUGUUGCAAACAGAGUUUCUCUAGCUUGAGUAAGCUAUUGCUAACACUUAAACUCAUGCUAACAAAAGCCGUUGUCUUUAGCUGCUUUUUAAAAGUUUCCAAUUUGUUUUACUGUGAGCCUGCAGUUUUGUUCUUCUGGGUUUUUGUUUCUUGAAAAAAGACUCCACCCUGUAAACUCUUCUGAUACAGAAUAUUUCUCUUAUAAGUUAAUGCAUGUGAGAAAUCCAAAGCUUGACAGGCCUGCUGUGCCCCGCUACAGUUCCUAAGCUAUGAUUGUCAGUAACUGACGAUCAUUGUUGUCAGUCGGGGUUUAACAAACUGUUAAUAGAUUUGUGACUAAAAUCACAAAUGUGGCCGCUCUUCUUUGCAUCGCUGAAACAAGUGAAAAUCUAAAACAAAUCACUUCCCCUUCUGUUUUACUUCAUACCUAUUAAGAAUUAAGAAUCUGCCAGUUGCACUUUAUACCCAAGUGAUUUUUAUGAAAUAUACUGUAAGUUGCUGUUGAUAUGAAAAAAUAUUCUAAAGAGAGCUUGUUACACAUUUUAUUACUAAUGGAAGUUGAGAGUGUUUUGGUUAUGUUCACAGGGAGCCUGUAAAUAUAUGAGAUGUGUGAUUUGCAAUGAGAGGAGGCAGCAGAGUGAAGGAUGUAAAAUACGGUAAAUAGUAGAGUCUUACACAAACACACAGAAGUUUGGCACUGAUAAUAUAUGGAACAUACAAAUUGUAUAUGCAAUUGAAAUAACAGCCCUCUUACUUAUCGACAGUUUUGGACAUACAGAAAUCAGUUGCUUCAGUUGGAUUCAGUGUCAGUGCUGCUGCCUGCAGAAGCUAAAUGAUGUACAAAAUGCUCUUUAACACCCAUGUCUCGUCCAGUAUUACUGCUUAGUAUUACUUGACUAUUGAGAGAAGAGGACUGAGAUGCUUUU